AUGAAAGGUGCCAUUGAGAAGGUUCUCGCUGCAUGUGGUACGUACCUGGAUAAAGAUGGAAGGGAGAUUGUCCUCGACUCAAAUAGACGCCAAGAGGCUCUAGCAGCCGCACACAAAAUGGCCACAAAGGGCCUCCGUGUUCUCGCUUUUGCCAGCGGCCCUGUUUCCAGGUCAUUUAAAGGAAGAUCGGGAUAUGGACCGUCGCGCACGGGUACACCUGGUUCAGAUCACAACGGCAGUUCACUUCCAGAGGCCCAUGAAGAUGUCUAUAGGGAUCUGAUGUUUGCCGGUCUGGUCGGCAUGAGUGACCCACCAAGACCGGGAGUUAGCCGUGCCAUCAGGAGGCUGAUGAGAGGUGGAGUGAAGGUAAUUAUGAUUACUGGUGAUGCCGAAACUACAGCCCUAGCUAUUGGGAAGCAAUUGGGCAUGAACAUAGCCGUGGCCAGUGAGCAUACGACCAGUCAAGGGACAGUGCGACCUGUGCUUCGAGGAGACGAGGUGGACAAUAUGUCAGAAGACGACCUUGCUCUGGCUAUGCAACACACGACCAUCUUCGCCAGAACUAAUCCGGACCAUAAGAUGAAGAUUAUCCGAGCCCUGCAGUCGCGUGGCGAUAUUGUCGCCAUGACUGGGGAUGGAGUCAACGAUGCGCCUGCUUUGAAGAAGGCUGACAUUGGCAUUUCGAUGGGCCGUCACGGAACUGAUGUCGCCAAGGAAGCCGCAGACAUGAUCCUGACAGACGACGACUUCUCGACCAUUUUGCGCGCCAUCGAGGAAGGCAAGGGAAUUUUCAACAAUAUUCAGAAUUUCCUUACCUUCCAGCUCAGCACCAGCGCAGCCAAUAUCAUCAUGGACGGUCCUCCAGCUCAGUCUCUUGGUGUUGAAAAGGUUGAUCCCGAUGUGAUGAACAGACCACCAAGAAGACGUAACGACGCGGUGCUUACCAAGGCGGUUCUUAUGCGCGUGCUUACAUCCGCUGCUAUCAUCAUGAUCGGCACCAUGUUGAUAUAUAGCCACGAGAUGCUAGCAGAUGGCCAAGUAACACGAAGAGACACAACCAUGACUUUUACGUGCUUCGUUUUCUUUGAUAUGUUUAACGCACUCAGCUGCCGGUCAGAAUCCAAGUCUAUUUUCCGAGGCGAAAUAGGCCUAUUCGCAAAUAACUUGUUUAACUGGGCGGUGUCACUCAGUGUUGUCUGCCAACUGCUAGUGAUAUACAUGCCUUGGCUCCAAGAGGUCUUCCAGACAGAAGCAAUUGGGCUUGGCGACCUGUUUAGGCUUAUUGUCCUUUGCAGCUCAGUGUUCUGGGCGGAUGAGUUGCUCAAGCUGUGUGAGGUUUCGAAGACAAUGGACAUACAAGACGGGGUGGUGGCUUGCUCUUUAGACAUUGUAUUUCCCGAGGCGUUGGAGUGCCAACAUAUAAAGCAUAGCAUAGCAAUUUACAGCGAAAUGGGUUCGAUGUAUUUUGUACAUAGAGGGAUGUUUGAAAUACCAAUCGUUUCAAAGAGGACUGAAGCUCCUAUGAAAAUGUCACCCAGCCAAAGUUGUAGGUCCCAAAGCAAUAAUUUGCUGUUUGAUUGUGUACUUCGUAUAUGCAUGUGCCAGCGUUUUGGUGAGAGGAGCCUGGUGCUGCUGUUGCAAGUGGGCCGUCGGACUGGAGUCUGGUUACAGCACACCAUAGAAAGCUGGGUGGGAGUGACGUUGGCAGCUUCAACAAACCAACAUACAAGCUCCUCUGCCAACAAAAACCUUGUCGACAACGGCCACGGGAGCUAUGCGCCUCCCGGCCAGAUCUUGUCGUCGCCAAUGUCCGCUCUCACAAACGGCGUAUUGAAUCGCCAUAAUGGUAGCGAUGACAAGGACGGGAAGCUAAAACCCGAGUCACCAUCGCCCCUCAGCGAUGUCUCCAACGUGGCCGAACUUCGCGCUGCGCUGGCAACCCUACACGACCGAGAAUCCGCGUUGACAAAUCGCCUCGACUCUCUGAUUGCUACACAAGCCGAUUUAACACGAGACCUCGGACGAUUGGAUUUAUUGCGUGCUGGUUUGGGUGCUCAAGUCAUCGCCGCCAGGUCCAUCAGCAAUGACAUGCUCUCAUCUGCAGCCGAGACCGCAGGCAGGCUUAGCAACAGAGUCAAGGAGCUGGACCUGGAGAAGAGCCGUGUGGAAGACACGCUUGGCGUUGUUGAACAGGUCGCUGAGCUCAAAGCCUGCGUCAAUGGCGUGGUAGGUUCUAUGGGUGCGCCGCAAGACUGGGAGGCAGCAGCUGGAUACCUGGACCGGGCGAGCAAAGUACCAGAGGAAAUUGCCAAGGGACCAUUUGCUACCAGUAUAGUUCCCAGUGUGGAAGUACCUGAUCCUCCCUGGGUGACGUUGGAAACCGCCAGAGAGUCUCUUUGUGGACUGUUUCUACGGGAGUUUGAAAAAGCGGCCAGCCAUGGUGAUGGCACAAAGGUUACUCGGUUCUUUAAACUAUUCCCCUUGAUUGGGCGGACAGAUGUCGGAUUGGAUGUAUAUGGGCGGUAUGUUUGUCAAGGAGUCGCGGGGACUGCUCGCGCAACACUGAAGGACAGCGGCGGCGCACAGGAAAGGAGAGAAAAGUUCUUUUACGCCAAUGCAUUAACAAGGCUUUUUGAGCAUAUCGCACAGAUUGUUGAUAGUCAUGGGGGCCUCGUGGAGCGGCACUACGGUGCUGGCAAGAUGGUUAGGGUGAUUGAGCGGCUACAGAUGGAAGCGGAUGUUCAGGGUGGCAUUAUCAUGGACGCAUGGAGCGACGAGCGCAGUAUUGACAGGACGUUGACCGACGUUAAAAGUUAUCCAUUUUCGUUUUUGGUGCAGAGCUUUCUGCCACAGCCUCCCAGGGGCGGAACACCAAGGGUGAAUUCACCUGCUGUUGGAGGUGGAAAUAAUCCUCGGUCUAGUGAGGAUGAAGGUGUCAACAUGAAGGAGGUGGAUGGGCUACUGAACGAAAUUGCCCACAUGCUUGGGAGGUGGUCGCUAUAUACACGGUUUUUGUCUGGCAAAUAUGAAGAUGCGGCACUGGCUUUGCCAGAGCUUUUGAUAAAGUCAAACCUGUACCGCAAGAUUUCCGCAAAACUUACAACGCCAUACAAUGUCAUGACUACAUUCUUCUUUCGCCGGUCUGUGGAAAAGGCUUUCCAACUGGAUGAGUACCCAGGUGGCUUGUCACUACGACUGAACAGGUCGAUCGAAGGAAAUGGCCCAUUCAUCAUCAUGGCGGUGGACGAUGUUAUGUAUAUUGUCAACACGGUGAUACAAAAAUCCAUGGCGACGUCGCAGCGAGAUGUCAUUGCAUCUGUCAUCCCAACUAUUGGCAGAGUCUUGAGCUCUGACUUCAUUGGCAUGGUACAGCGUAAGAUGAGAGACGAAUCCUAUCCAAAGGCCCUCGUGCAGGGGGGCUUCCCACCAGAGGACAAAAUCAUCCAGUUCAUCGUGCUCAUCAACAGUCUGGAUAUGGCCAACGAAUACUUGAGCAGAAUCAUUGGCAGUCGAGUGGUCAUAUCCGAAGACCAACCCGGUGUACUGACCCUCGAUGCGUCGAUUAAAGACUCAUUCCCUUUCGACAAGGAUGUGGCGUUUGUUGCCAACUCACUACACACUCUGGAGACCAGCUUCAUCAGCAAAUCAUCAGAACUCCUCAAUGAAGGCAUCCAGGUACUUUUCAACCAGGUUGCCAAGUUGCGGUUACGCCCCAUUAUCAACGACACCUUCCGCGACACAGACUACACUCUAAAUGAAGAGGAACUGGCCGAAAUUGCACAGCAGAAUGACGAAAGCGAAGACGAUAUGCUUGACCAAGUUCGGAGACGAUUCGAACACGGCUGGGAUCAACUCAUGAAGCCGAUUGCACGGAUAAUGACGCCCAACACAUUCAGCACGCUACUAGAUAUCACAACUCGGUACUUGUCCAAGACUUUGGAGAGGAGGAUACUGAGCUAUUCUGGGAAGACGAGCCCGUUUGGCGUGGUCCGCAUAGAAAGGGAUUUUACGGCUAUUGUAAAUGUUGUUUCCAAAGGAGACUACGGCGUCAGAGAGGUGUUUGGUAAAGUUACACAGCUGCUCAUGGUGGCUAAUAUGGAGGAUGAUGAGUGGGAGGAGCUUGCAAAUGAUGAUGAAGCUGUUGAGUGGGUGUUGACGGAAGAGGAGAGGAGAAAGGCGAGAAACUUGGUGAGGGGGUAG